UUUAAGCAAAAUUAAAUUAAUCAUGGGUGUUACUACAUAUACCCAAGAUAUUGUUGGACAAGUUGAUGCAACUAGGGUUUUUAAGGCUUUGGUUCUUGAUGCAGACAACCUUGUACCAAAAUUGAUGUCACAAGCUGUUAAAAACAUUGAGACUAUUGAAGGUCAUGAUGGAUGCAUCAAGAAGAUGAACUUUGUUGAAGGAUAUCCAAUAAAGUACUUAAAACACAAGAUCCAUGUCAUUGACAACAAGAACAUGGUAAUAAAAUAUUCAUUAAUUGAAGGAGAAGUUCUUGGAGAAAAUUUGGAACAUAUUUCUUAUGAUGUUAGAUUUGAAGGAUGUGAAAAUGGAGGGUGCAUUUGCAAGACAAUUAGUGAAUACCAUACAAAUGGUGAUUUUAUAGUGAAAGAAGAAGAAAUCAAAGAAGAUAGAGAUAAAGCUAUUGAACUUUUCAAACUUGUUGAAGCAUAUCUCCUUGCUAACCCUUUUGCUUAUGCUUAAUUAACGGUUUAUUUUUGACAUUUUGGCUUUGAAGUUGAGUAAUGUGUGUUGUGUUGUGUUGUUGAACUCAUAAUUAAUUAAAUUAAAGUUUCUUUUCUUGAGA